AUGGGUUGUGUGUGUGGGAAGCCCUCACCGGCUGUUGACGACAGCCCAAAACAGAGAGAGUUGAAUCGAAAAACAUCCGAACUGCGUAUGGCUCGAGGGGUUUCGAGGAAGAAGAAUGAGUGCUUUUUAUCAAAGGAUGAUAAGCUGGAGAAUGGGGAGGUUAAAAUUGGGUUGAUUGAUAGGAAAAGCAAUGGGUCUAGAAGGGUGAGGGACGAUUAUUACGAAAUGAAACGAGAGAAAGAUUCUGAUGGCAGCAGCGAUUUCCGACCGAGCAUUCGGAACCUUCCGAAAGCCGUGGAAGGGGAACAGGUUGCUGCCGGCUGGCCGUCUUGGCUGGUUGAGGUGGCAGGGGAAGCCAUCAAAGGGUGGGUCCCACGGAAGGCCGAGACUUUUGAGAAGCUUGAUAAGAUUGGCCAAGGAACUUACAGUAGCGUGUACAAAGGCCGUGAUCUCCUGCACAACAAAUUUGUUGCCCUGAAAAAAGUACGUUUCGAUAACAUGGACCCUGAAAGUGUCAAAUUCAUGGCGAGGGAGAUUCACAUCUUGCGAAGGCUCGAUCACCCGAACGUCAUUAAACUCGAAGGCUUAGUCACCUCGAAAACAUCUUGCAGCUUAUAUCUUGUGUUCGAGUAUAUGGAACAUGAUCUCACUGGACUUUCCUCACUUCCUGGUGUCAAAUUCACCGAGCCACAGGUCAAGUGCUAUAUGAAGCAGCUGCUAAGUGGGCUCGAUCAUUGCCAUAGUAAUGGCAUUCUGCACCGUGAUAUCAAAGGAUCGAAUCUCUUAAUCGACAACAAUGGAAUUUUGAAGAUUGCGGAUUUUGGUUUAGCAAGUUAUUUCGAUUGUAGCCAGAAAGUUCAAUUGACGAGCCGUGUUGUAACUUUGUGGUAUCGGCCGCCUGAGCUUUUACUCGGUUCUACUCAGUAUGGAGUUGCUGUGGAUUUGUGGAGUACAGGCUGUAUACUUGGAGAAUUAUAUGCUGGAAAGCCCAUUAUGCCUGGUAGAACUGAGGUUGAGCAGCUGCAUAAGAUAUUCAAACUCUGUGGCUCACCCUCGGAGGAUUAUUGGAGAAAUUCGAAGUUGCCUCAUUCCCCGGUUUUCAAGCCCAUUCAGCCUUACAGACGGAGAAUUGCUGAAACUUUUAAGAAUAUUCCGGAAAGUGCCGUGAGUCUCAUGGAGAUUUUACUCUCUAUUGACCCUUCAGACCGGGGCACUGCCUCUUUUGCCCUUCAGAGUGAGUUCUUCAACACAGAACCUUUUGCUUGUGAUCCCUCAACUUUGCCGAAAUAUCCACCAAGCAAAGAAAUUGAUGCAAAACUGCGAGAAGAGGAAGCACGAAGAAGACAAGGAGCCAUAGGAGUGAAGGGUCACAAGUGCGAAAAUGAUUAUAAAAGAUCGAAAGAAUCACAAAGUGCUGCAGCACCUAUUGCUAAUGCUGACUUGACUAGGUCGAUACAGAGGAGACAUGGCAAUGUGAACCCAAAGUGCCGCGACGAAUUAUUCAACCCUAAAAAAGACAGAAUUGCCCCUGGUUCGGACAACCGGCAAAAUCACCAGGAACGAGUGUCUAACUCGGGACCACUUGGCCCAAGGGCCAGCUGGACACUAUCCCGAAGAAAAAAUAACGAUAAUACGUCAUCCUUUCUUCCUUCUAGAAACAGCUCGUGCAAUGUGGAGCCGAGGGAAAAAGUGGUCUCGUCUUUUGUGGGGCCCACGAAUCGAACGGGCAGUCUUUCAGAGUCGUUUGGGGAUCCCAUGAGAAAACAGGACAGGGCGCAGAUAUUUUGUGGCUCUCGAAAUGCAGAAAAAAUAGGAAAACAAGAAGAAGAUGUUACAACAACGCACUUUUCGGGCCCUUUACUUGCUACAUCAAACAACAUAGAGCAGAUGCUCAAAGAGCACGACUUUCGGAUUCAAGAAGCUGCUCGGCGCAUAAGGAAAGAGAAGACGAGAGUUGAUGGGGUUCGGGCUCAGUAG